CCCUGGGGAAAUAUCCCAUCGUCUAGUCCCACCAGUCUUCCUUUUUUUUGCCUCCAUCUCCUCCGGCGAUGGCCGCCGGUCUCCUGCUGGUCGUCGCCGCCGCGGCCCCGCAUCGCCGGAAAUGCCGCCCGCGCCUGCUCCUCUGCGGCUCGGCUCCGAGGCCCUACCACAGCUGCCGCGUCUCCCUGCGACCGUGGCCGUGCGCGGCCAGGUUCGCCGCGUCAGCCUCCGGCGGUGGCGGGGGCGGGUCGGAGGCGCCGUCGGAGGGAGAGGUAGGCGGAUGCGGCGCGGAGCGGACCGUCGAGGAGCUACAGAGACACGCCUCCGACGCCGACGAGUCAGAGAAGGUGGAGACUAGACUUAUCUCCUAGACUUGAGAUAAGGACAUGCAGGGAGACCAGACUAGCAGUGAAGUCAGGUCAUAAGAUGCUUCCGUGUUCCCCAGCUAGCUUAAUUUACCAUGUGAGGUCAUACAAUGCUUGGAUUGCUCAUAAUGCCGGCCCUUUGCUACCUUGUGAUCAUCAACAACACCAGGGGCACAGCUGCGUGCAUUGUCGUGGAGAGGAAUGCGCUGGCUUCAUUCAACGCCAGCAUCAUUGACUAUCCUGGUGGGAGGUUACGCUCAUGGCAAGGAUAAAACUGCUGCAGCUAGGCCGGUGUGAGCUGCAGCAAGAAGACCGGCCAUGUCGCCAAGCUGGACCUUGGUAGUUACUCCCUCAAAGGCGAGAUCAGUCCAUCUUUGGCCGGUUUGACCAGAUUGAUGCACCUCAACCUAAGCCAUGGGGAUUUUCGUGCCGUGCCCAUCCCAGAAUUCAUAGGCUCUUUCAAGAUGUUGAGGUAUCUUGAUCUGUCGCAUGCCGGUUACGGCGGAACAACUCCUCCUCAACUCGGUAAUUUGUCCAGACUCAGCUAUCUUCAUCUGGGCUCAUUCAGAGUUCCUGGGAUCAGUCUGGAUAAUUUCAUGUACAUGCACAGUCACACUGACACAGUGACACUACAGAACCAAAUUAGGAUGAAGACAGGGGAUUGGAUCGAACCAAGCUGCACACUACUUCUGAAAAAUUCUUAUUAUGACAACCAUGGCCACAUUACAUUGUUCCAGAAAUGGCCACUUACAGAAGGUGGGGAAGGAAGCUUAUCAUAUUUCAAAUUUGGGGGUGUGCUUGCAGGUGGCGAAGGAACAGGCUGAACAGAGGGCGACGACGAAGCAGAUGUUCGAUUUGGGCAAAGGGCGUACUGGAAAGUGGUGUAUAGCCACUCCAUAUAAUUCUUGGAGGCGGCACUCUUCCUCGCGAUUUGUGGUAGAAUUUUGAGAAUUGUGGGUCUCCUCAGCACCAUCAGUCUAACCAGUUAUUUUAAUUUGAAACGAUGAGACCGCUGGCUGGUCAGCACAAACUGCAAGCAGACAAGACAGGUAUACGAGACCAGACUUGAGAUAAGGACAUGCAGGGAGACCAGACAAGGAGAGAAGACAAAUCUUGAUCUGCAAUACAAUGGGAGGAUAUACGAUGCUUGAGAUGCCAUGGGAGGUCUGUAUUACCUGGCCAGCUUAGUUUAGCUUCACAGUUUACUCCACAGCCAUGGGAGGUCAUACCAUGCUCAGAUUGCUCACGGGGUUGGCCCUAUGGUGCCUCGUGAUCAACUUCACCAGGGGCAAAGCUGCGUGCAUCGGCGUGGAGAGGGAUGCACUGGCUGCCUUCAACGCCAGCAUCACUGAUGCUGGUGGGAGGUUACGCUCAUGGCAAGGAGAAAACUGCUGCAACUGGGGCGGUGUGAGCUGCAGCAAGAAGACCGGCCAUGUCGUCAAGCUGGACCUUGGUGGUUACUCCCUCAAAGGCGAGAUCAGUCCAUCUUUGGCUGCUUUGACCAGAUUGGUGCACCUCAACCUGAGCCAUGGUGACUUUGGUGCGGUGCCCAUCCCGGAAUUCAUAGGCUCCUUCAAGAUGUUGAGGUAUCUUGAUCUGUCGCAUGCCGGUUUUGGUGGAAUAGCUCCUCCUCAACUCGGUAAUUUGUCGAGACUCGUCUAUCUUGAUCUGGGUUCGUUUGGAGGUCCUGGGAUCACUGUCAAUAACUUCCGUUGGGUUUCCAAGCUGACAUCCCUGAGGUAUCUCGACCUCAGUUGGUUGUAUCUUGCCGCUUCUGUGGAUUGGCUGCAGGCAGUGAACAUGCUACCAUCACUCCAAGUGCUUCGCCUGAAUGAUGCUAGUCUUCCUGCCACCGACCUCACUUCUCUUUCUCAAGUCAACUUCACUUCCCUUACGCUGCUUAAUCUGAAGAAUAACGAUCUGAAUUCCUCCAUGCCGAAUUGGAUUGACAAGCUAUCUGCCCUCUCAGAGUUGGACAUGACUAGUUGUGGGCUUUCGGGCAUGAUUCCUGAUGACCUUGGCAAACUGACUUCACUUAUGUUCAUAGGGCUUGGGGACAACAAGUUGACUGGAGCAAUACCAACAUCAGCUAGUAGGUUGUGCAACUUGGUUCAAAUCAGUUUGUCCGGGAACAUCUUGUCAGGAGAUAUUGCAGAAGCAGCCAAGAGCCUAUUUCCUUGUAUGAAGCAGUUGCAGAUCCUUGAACUUGCUGGUAAUAACUUAACCAGAAACCUAUCUGGUUGGCUUGAGGUCAUGUCAGGCUUAAGAAUCCUUGAUCUCAGUGCGAACUCACUGUCUGGAGUUGUGCCACAUGGUAUUGGUAACCUAUCAAGCCUGACAUACUUGGAUAUAUCCUUCAACAGAUUUAAAGGCACACUAUCGGAACUCCACUUUGCCAAUUUGUUAAGAUUGGAUACUUUAGAUCUAGCAUCAAAUUCAUUCGAGAUUGUAGUCAAACAAAGCUGGAUGCCACCUUUUCAGCUCAUAAAUCUCGGACUGCAUGACUGCCUUGUAGGACCAGAGUUUCCAACUUGGCUGCAAUCACAAACUAUAAUCGAGAUGACCGAUCUAGGCAGUGCAGGCAUCAGGGGUCCAUUACCUGACUGGAUCUGGAACUUCUCUUUGUCAAUGACUAGCUUAAAUGUCUCAACAAACAACAUAACUGGUAUGUUGCCUGCAAGCUUGGAGCCAGUGGCGAAGCUAGAAAUUUUGUGAAGCCUGGGCAAACUUGAGCCUAAGUAUAAAAUAGCUCCAAACAUCUGAGUUUGGUGCAAGGAGGGUGAGGGGGGCAUAGGCCCCCUCGGCCUCAACAUAGCUCCGCCAGUGAAAUAUGAAGUCAAAACAUAAGCCUAGUAGUCGUGCAAAUGUAAUUUUUAAGUAAACUAUUAUAUAACAUAUUAAUGUUCAGUUUCAUCGAACAGAAUAAAGUUGAGACUUAGACAACAUAAGUCUUAGAAUGAGGCCAUGCAUAGGACCAAAUCCCAUAGGUCUCGGGGUCCCAUCCACCCUUCUACUAUCGGUUUCCGGGUGUGAGCCAGAUGUAGAGCUUGGAUUUGAAUAUUGCUUUGGCCAUCAUGUUGCUAGAAAAUUCAAAAUUAUAGUCAUCCAAAUUAGCUUCCAAACGUCCUAGAAAACGCUACAAGAUAAAAAAGAAGGAUUUGUAGUGCAAAUAAAGUACGUGUUGUGACUUGUGAGCGUGUUCAAAGUAAAGAACUUUAGAGAAUAGAGACGAUCAGAUAAAACAUACCAAUAAUAUGCUAAAGAAAAUCACGAGGGAAAAUUCUUGUGGUAAGUGUGAGUGCUUGCUCUACUAACCAAAUUUUACCAUCUGUGAAAUUCAGUAAUUUCAAAAUUGAAGUUAACAUGUAACUAUCUGAAACAAAUCCAUAAACCAAAGACUAGACUUUUGAGGCCGUGAUCAUCACCGGAGGUCAAUUUUCCAUCGGCUGACCUCAAAAUUUAAGCCCUAAAUCUACCAAUUUCCAAAUUAGUUAGUAGUCUUAUCUGAUCAUCAUAAAGAGGAUGAGAUGACGAGUUGUCGAGGAUGUAAGCCGUUGCUGAAAAUGGAUUUGCUCUACCCAGCACUUCCUCUGCACCAUGGCCUGCCUCCGCUUGUCGCCAAUCUGUCUCACAAUACGUACAAACGGACAGCUAAAGUGCAGACAAGGGUUGUGAUUGCUCGUGUUCCUCUCAAGUAAUUAUUCUAGAAGAAGCAAACUUAGCACCCUAUGACUGUUGAACAUUAUGCUUGAUAUAGCCAAGUUUUUUAAAAAAAGUACAAGUGUGAAAAAAUAACUUACACAAUAUUCUGUUUCAUUAUUAUAAAAACAUCAUUAAGUUUGUGUUAACUUAAAUUUGCCACUAUGAUUGUCAAUAAAAUAAAAUAGUAAUAAUUUCACCAGAAGAGAUCUUAGCUGCAAAUUCUCUAUGUAUAUUAUCAUGCUUUUCGAAGCAAGUCGCCUCACAUUUUACUUCAAGAAAUCAAAUUAUCAUGUUUAACAAAUAAAUAAAUUUUGUCGCGUUUGGCGACUUUUUCUCUUAUGCAUUAGAUAUCUUAUGGCUAACAGAAUUAAAUCUAAGUAAUAUUUUUGGUAUGCACAAGAUCAGAUUUGAGAGAUACGAGCCGAAAACCAAAAAGAUUUCUGCUGAUGCCAUCUAUUCAUACGUGGCAAAAUGAAUGGUGAUGGAGGCGUGUGGACGAUCUGCAAACGCCAACACGUGUGGGCGUUAGUUUUUCCGAAAAUUUAACUAGCCCAUUGUUACCCCUAAAAAUAAGCUAACCCAUUGUUUAUCACAUACGUGCAUACGUGGACCCUUUUUGAAUCAAUCGUGCAUGCACUGGUGCCCAGGUAAACCACGACUAGCAGUAAAAUCUGCCUAUUGUUUAUCAUGCAUGUACAAUGUCUCACAGCCAACGAGCCCGGGCAAGUGCCCGGGGUGGCUGGGCGCUGGCUCCGCCCCUGCUUGGAGCAAUUGACAAUGCUAACAACUCUAAGCAUGAGAAAUAAUAAGCUUCAAGGUAACAUUCCAGAUUUGCCGCUUAGCAUCCGAGUGUUGGACCUAUCCUGCAACAACUUAUCAGGACCAUUGCCACAUAGCUUUCGAGACAAAGAAUUGCAUUACCUAUCACUGUCAAAAAAUUACAUUAGUGGAGUAAUCCCAACAGAUUUUUGCAACAUGAUAUCAUUGGAACUGAUUGACCUAUCUGAUAACAAC